AUGGCGCAACCCCGUAAGCUAGUGAGGCCGCGGUCCAAUAAUAGAAUAUAUCAACAAGAGACCAGCCAUGCUGCUGUCGGAGGGGACGAACACGACAAUGACAGUAAGAGUAAGAGUACGAGUAACAGCAACAGCAACAGCAACAGUACCCACCAACAUCACAUCAAAAGUGGAAACCUUGAUGUCGACGACAAAAAGGGCAAAAAACAUGAAUUUUUCUUUUCCAAACAUGAAGACAAGGUGGAUCGAUGGCUGGAAAUACUCUUUCGAGCAAUGAGGAAUCGCCAAUUGCAACGGAAAGUUUUGCUGCUAGCCAUUGGAAUCUUUUUGUUUUUGCAAAUACGAAUCACCAUUAUUCGGUAUCGGCGAAGGCAUCCAAUACGGCGGGUCAUGUAUGCAGAUCCAGAUUUAACUCUAGAGCAGCAACAACAAGCGGCGGCAGCAAUUGCUUCUUCUUCUUCGUCUUUUUCGCUAUCAUCCUGGUUACGAGGUUCUACUGCUGCCACGAAAGAAGAAGAGAAACUGAAACUCAAGAGACAAAACACCAAACCGGAUGUAUGUUUCGUGACAUCCAGUUACGCCAAAGAUAAUUCCAACAUGGAUAAUUUGGUCCGUGUCACCAAUGGUAGUCCCUAUCUAAGGUUUUACAUCUUUACCAAUCUGCAGGACUCGCAGUGGAACACACCUGGAUGGGAGAAAAUCAUUACCAACUUUACCUACCGACGAAAAAUUACGCAUUCGAGGUAUGGCAAAUUCUUGGGCUGGAAGUAUCCGCAACUACAGGAAUGUCGGGCGGUAGUCUACAUGGACUCGUGCAUACGACCGACCCAACGGCAAAGCAUUUGGCGGAAAUUGGCUUCCAAGUUGGAAUCCAACGAGGUGGGUCUGAUGCAGAAUCUCAAUCCCAAGAACCGGAGUGGGAUUUUUGGAGAAUUCUUGGCCAUUCAAAAGAGUCAAAAGGAUAUGACCACCAAUAUUGUCAACUCACUGCGAUGGAUGGUGAAUCAGCCGGAUUUUGAUGAAAACAUACCGAUUUAUUGGAACGAACAAUUUGCCUACUCCCCAAAGUCAAAAAUCUAUCAACGACUGUCACAAGACUUUUGGGAUCGCUAUUCCAAAGAAGAAGAUUCUUGGAGAGAUCAGCCUCUAUGGGCCUUUAUGAUGCAUCGACACAACGUAACUCCGAUGAGUUGGCCAGAAGAGGAGGUUCUGUGGGGUCGGAGUCGAGUGGAUUAUGGCCACAAUGCGCAUGAGUACUACUCGGAAAAUGACGUGCUGGCCGACUGGAUCUAUGCACCUGAAACGGAGCCGCCGAUUGCUUCCGUCCUGGGAAUGGAAAAAGACGCUAGUACCGAAGGCUUCUUUUAA